AUGAGUCAACAAUCCCUACGUGGAAAUGACAAAAUGCAUCUGAUAGAGAUAAGCACAUUGGUUCAGCUGUUGCACAGGCGUUUGAAAAGUGAAGUUUUUCGUGAUAAUGAUGCUACAAACACUGCCAAGCUUUCUAAAAAGAAUGAGAUUAUUGAUUGGUUAAGAUUAUCCAAAUGUCAGAGACAACUAUACGAAGGCUUUUUGAACAGUGAGAUUGUUCUUUCAGCCUUUGAUGGUUCACCUUUACCUGCUCUCACGCCAGAUACUGCAGAGAAAUAUGACAUUGGGGGAACUCAUGACAAGCUUUCUUGCAAGAUCUUCUUAAUUAUGUCUUUACUGGAAAAACUGAUUCCAGAAGGUCAUAAAGUUCUUAUCUUUUCCCAGACACGCAAAAUGGUUAAUCUUAUUCAGUUUGUUAUCGCAGCAGAUGCAGUGUCCGAUGGUGAAGGUAAGGUGACAGAUUGUGUGAAGUGA